UUGAUAUAGCUAGGUAUGCACAAGAGUUUUUUAACAACUGUGUAUCUUUGCUUGUGCGUGUAGUCUAACCGUGUUGUAGCAGUGUUGGAGGCAGAGAUGCGUAAGCUGCAGGACACAGCUGAUCUGUUCGAGGUCAGUUUCCCUGACUACAAGCAGCUCCGCCAGUGUCGCUCUGACAUCAUCCUGGUCAAAGCCGUCUGGGACAUGGUCAUCUUCGUCAAGACCAGUAUAGAGGACUGGACUAAGACCCCGUGGAAAGAGAUUAACGUGGAGCAGAUGGACAUGGAGCUGAGGAGAUUUGCUAAGGAGAUGAAGACCCUGGAUAAGGAGGUGCGUGUGUGGGAUGUGUAUCUGGGUCUGGAGUCGACGGUGAAGAACCUGCUGACGUCUCUACGAGCGGUCAAUGAGCUGCAGAACCCUGCUGUCAGAGAGAGACACUGGCAACAACUCAUGAACACCACCGGGGUGCGGUUUGUGAUGUGGGAGGGGACCACUCUGGGAGACCUACUGGAGCUGCAGCUCCACAGGGUGGAGGAUGAGGUCAAAAACAUAGUGGACAAGGCAGUCAAAGAGAUGGCCAUAGAGAAGGUGCUAGCUGAGAUUACUCAGACGUGGAGUGUGAUGGCGUUGUCAUAUGAGAAGCACCCCAGUAUAGAAACUCCACUGCUCAAGUCGGACGAAAACCUGAUUGAGACGCUGGAAGACAACCAGGUGCAGCUGCAAAACAUCCUGAUGAGUAAGUAUGUGGAGUACUUCCAGGCGGAGGUGAGUGGCUGGCAGAGGAGGCUAAUGGUGGCAGACCUGGUCAUCUCCUCCUGGAUGUCUGUCCAGAGGACCUGGGCCCACCUCAACAGCAUCUUCACCAACAGCCACGACAUACGCUCUCAACUAGCCCACGAUGCUGAGAGCUUCCAGGGCAUACACUCCGACUUCCAGAACAUGAUGACAGAGGUUGUCCAGACCCGUAACGUGGUGGAGGUCACCAACCAACCCGGCUUCCUGGAGAAACUAGAGGCUCUGCAGCAAAGGCUGUCAGUGUGUGAGAAGGCCCUGGCUGAGUAUCUGGAAACCAAAAGACUGACGUUCCCUCGGUUCUACUUUGUCUCUGCUACAGACCUACUGGAGAUCGUCUCCAAGGGAACACAGCCCAAACAGGUUACCAGGCACCUGUUAAAGCUGUUUGAUAAUGUGGCGGACCUUCGCUUCCGAGACUCAGAGAAAGCGGGAGAGGAGGAGGGAGGAGAAAAGAAAGAGGGAGAGGAGGAUGAGGGGGAGGCAGUUGCCAUAGGAAUGUACAGUAGAGAAGGGGAGUACGUACCCUUCUCCGAACCCUGCAUCUGUCAAGGACAGGCAGAGUGCUGGCUGAGUGAACUGGAGCGGACAAUGCGCUCUACUGUCCAGAGGGAGAUCCAAGAAGCGGUCGCUGCUUAUGAGGACAAACCCAGAGACCAGUGGCUGUUUGACUAUCCAGCACAGGUUGGUCUGACUGGCAGCCAGGUGUGGUGGGCGACAGACGUGGGCAUCGCCUUUGAGAGGGUGGAGGAGGGCUUUGAGACUGCCCUGAAAGACUACAACAGAAAGCAGAUCACCCAGCUGAACUCCCUGAUCCAUAUGCUCCUGGGAGACCUGACCCCAGGUGACAGACAGAAGAUCAUGACCUUGUGCACCAUCGACGUGCACGCUCGCGACGUGGUCGCCAAACUCAUAGCACAGAAGGUGACAACGGGACAGGCGUUUGCAUGGCUGUCCCAGCUGCGCCAUCGUUGGGAUGACGUGACGAGACACUGUUACAUCAACAUCUGUGAUGCUCAGUUCCAGUUCUCAUAUGAGUACCUGGGCAAUACCAACAGACUGGUCAUCACUCCACUCACUGACAGGUGUUACAUCACUCUGACCCAGUCUCUCCACCUGACGAUGAGUGGCGCCCCCUCUGGCCCAGCAGGCACUGGGAAGACUGAAACCACCAAGGACCUGGGCCGCUCCUUAGGCAUCAUGGUCUAUGUAUUCAACUGCUCCGAACAGAUGGACUACAAGUCCAUAGGGAACAUCUAUAAAGGUCUGGCCCAGACGGGUGUGUGGGGCUGUUUUGAUGAGUUCAACAGGAUCUCCGUGGAGGUGCUAUCUGUGGUGGCAGUGCAGGUCAAAACCAUACAGGACGCCAUCAGGAACAAGAGACAGAGGUUCCAUUUCCUGGGUGAGGAGAUCGAGCUGAGGCCCACCGUAGGGAUUUUUAUCACUCUGAACCCAGGCUACGCUGGGAGAACGGAACUACCGGAGAACCUCAAGGCCUUGUUCAGGCCGUGUGCGAUGGUGAUUCCUGACUAUGAGCUGAUCUGUGAGAUCAUGCUGGUUGCUGAGGGAUUCAUCGAUGCUCGCCUGCUCGCACGCAAGUUCAUCAGCCUGUACACACUCUGCAAGGAGCUGCUCUCGAAACAGGACCACUAUGACUGGGGCCUGAGGGCCAUCAAGUCAGUGCUGGUGGUGGCUGGAUCACUGAAGAGAGAAGACAGGAGCAGACCAGAAGAACAGGUCCUGAUGCGAGCGUUGAGGGACUUUAACCUUCCCAAAAUAGUGACCAGUGACGUCCCUAUAUUCCUGGGUCUGAUCAGUGACCUGUUUCCCCAGCUGGAUGUCCCCAGGAAGAGAGACCCAGAGCUGGAGACAGCUGUACGACAGUCAGUCAGCGAACUACACCUGCAGCCUGAGGAAAACUUUAUACUCAAGGUGACUCAGUUGGAGGAGCUGCUGGCUGUCAGACACUCAGUGUUUGUAGUAGGAGGAGCUGGGACGGGGAAGAGCCAGAUUUUGAAGACCCUCCACAGAACGUAUGCUAAUCUGAGGAUGAAGCCUGUGUGGCACGACAUCAACCCUAAAGCUGUGACCACAGACGAACUGUUUGGCUAUCUACACCCUGCUACCAGAGAAUGGAAGGAUGGCCUGUUCUCCUCCACUAUGAGGGAGCUGACACGACAGGUGGGCCAUGACGGGCCCAAGUGGAUUGUUCUGGAUGGAGACAUAGACCCCAUGUGGAUAGAAUCCCUCAACACUGUCAUGGAUGACAACAAGGUGUUAACCUUGGCCAGUAAUGAGCGUAUCAGUCUAUCUUCCUCCAUGCGUCUGCUUUUUGAGAUCAGCCACUUGAGAGCUGCAACCCCAGCCACAGUCUCCCGCGCUGGGAUACUAUACGUCAAUCCACAAGACCUGGGCUGGAGCUCGUACGUAACAAGUUGGAUUGACACCAGGCAGGCCCAAUCAGAGCGAGCCAAUUUGACCAUCCUGUUUGACAAGUACGUCCCAUACUGCCUUGAGCAGGUCCGCUGUAACCUCAAGACCAUCACUCCUAUACCUGAGAACAGCAUGGUGCAGACACUAUGUUCCUUGUUGGACUGCCUACUGACAGAAGACAACACUCCUCCUGACUCUCCCAGGGAACUCUAUGAGAUCUACUUCGUCUUCGCCUGCGUCUGGGCCUUUGGAGGAGCUCUGUUCCAGGACCACUUGAUAGACUAUCGCGCUGAGUUCAGUCGCUGGUGGUCGAAGGAGAUGAGAGCGGUGAAGUUCCCUUCGCAGGGCACAGUGUUUGACUACUUCAUAGACUCAGACACUAAGAAGUUCAGUCCCUGGAUUGAGAGGACGCCCCGGUUUGAGCUGGAGCCUGAUGUCCCCCUACAGACGGUGCUAGUCCACUCGGCAGAGACCAUCUGUCUUACGUACUUCAUAGACCUGCUGCUGCAGAGAGGCAAGCCUGUGAUGUUGGUGGGGAACGCUGGAGUAGGGAAGACCAUCCUGGUGUCUGAUAAAGUAGCCAAGCUAAAGGAGGACUACAUGGUGGCUAAAGUACCCUUCAACUACUACACCACCUCGGCUAUGCUACAGCGUGUGUUAGAGAAGCCUCUAGAGAAGAAGGCAGGGCGUAACUAUGCUCCUCCUGGAACCAAGAAACUAAUCUACUUCAUAGACGACCUCAACAUGCCUGAGGUGGAUGUGUAUGGUACUGUCCAGCCACACACACUCAUACGCCAGCACCUGGACUACAACCACUGGUAUGACAGACAGAGGCUGGUGCUGAAAGAGAUCCAUAACUGCCAGUACAUCACCUGUAUGAACCCAACAGCAGGGAGCUUCUCAGUCAACCCCAGACUACAGAGGCAUUUCUCAGUGUUUGCGGUUCAUUUCCCUAGCGCUGAGGCGCUAGCCACCAUCUUCACUAGCAUCCUGUCAGCCCAUUUCCUCCAGGGGGGCUUCAGCUAUGGCGUCUCGCGCUCUAUAGGAACACUAAUACAGGCAGCCAUCUGUCUCCAUCAGAAGAUCAGUCAGAACUUCCUCCCCACGGCCAUACGCUUCCACUAUAUCUUCAACCUGAGGGACCUCUCCAACAUCUUCCAGGGUAUUCUGUUUGCCCUGCCAGAUUGUGUGCGUUACCCCAUAGACCUGGUCCAUCUGUGGCUCCAUGAGUCGUCCCGGGUUUACUCUGACAAACUGAUGGAGGAGAAGGAUGUGGAACUCUUCAACAAGAUCCUACUGGACACUGGCAAGAGAUACUUUGAGGGUAUAGAUGAGUCUGUUUUCAUCCACCAGCCCCUGGUGUACUGUCACUUUGCCCAUGGGGUGGGGGAGCCCAGGUACCACCAGGCGUCAGACUGGGAGAAGCUCCAGAAGACCCUGACUGAUGCUCUGGAACACUACAACGAGCUGCAUGCUGUCAUGAACCUGGUGCUCUUUGAGGAGGCCAUGCAGCAUGUGUGUCGUAUCAGUCGUAUCCUGGAGGCCCCCCAUGGUAAUGCUCUGCUGGUGGGGGUGGGAGGCAGUGGGAAGCAGAGUCUGUGUCGCCUCGCUGCCUUCCUCAGUACCCUGGAGGUGUUCCAGAUUACACUGAGGAAGGGCUACGGGAUACAUGACCUACGGAGUGAUAUAGCAGCGCUGUACAUCAAGGUGGGGGUGAAGAAUAUUGGGACAGUCUUCCUCCACACAGAUGCCCAGAUCCCAGACGAACGCUUCCUAGUCCUCAUCAACGACAUGCUGGCAUCAGGGGACAUCCCAGACCUGUUCAGUGAGGAGGAAGUGGAUAUGAUCGUGACGUCCAUCCGUAUGGAGCUAAGAGGACUGGGCCUGAUUGACAACAGAGACAACUGCUGGGCCUUCUUCAUCGAGAGGAUACGGAGGCAGCUCAAGGUGGUCCUGUGUUUUUCCCCGGUAGGGUUCACCCUGCGUACCCGUGCUCGUAAGUUCCCGGCCCUGGUCAACUGCACGGCCAUAGACUGGUUCCACUCCUGGCCUCAGCUGGCCCUUCAGUCUGUCAGCACCACGUUCAUAGAGAAGAUACCUGAUCUGGAGCCGGAUGUCCGUGCGUCCAUCAGUGAGUUUAUCUCCUACGCCCAUACCAGUGUUAACGAGGUGAGUGUGAAGUACCAGCAGAACGAGAAGCACUUCAACUACACCACUCCCAAGAGCUUCCUGGAGUUCAUGAAGCUGUACGGUAACCUACUGGGGACAAAACGCAGAGAGCUCACUCAGAAGAUGGAGAGACUGGAGAACGGCCUGCAGAAACUACAGACCACAGCCUCACAGGUGGAGGAUCUAAAGGCUAAGUUGGCAGUCCAGGAAGUAGAGUUGUGGCAGAGGAACACAGACACAGAGGCUCUCAUCUCUAAGAUCGGCCAGCAGACAGACAAACUCAACCAGGAGAGGGCUGUGGCAGACGCAGAGGAACAGAGGGUAGGAACCAUCCAGGCUGAGGUGACCACGCAGCAACAGCAGAGUGAAGAGGACCUGGCGAAGGCUGAACCUGCCUUACAGGCAGCUAACGCAGCCCUCAACACACUCAACAGGCUGAACCUGACAGAGUUGAAGACGUUCCCUAACCCCCCAGCCAUAGUGACUAACGUGUCUGCUGCUGUCAUGGUGCUACUGGCUCCUCAUGGUAAAUUGCCCAAAGACCGCAGCUGGAAGGCAGCGAAAGUAGUCAUGAGCAAGGUGGAUGACUUCCUACAGGCGUUGGUGAACUUCGACAAGGAACACGUCCCGGAAUCGACAGUGAGGUGCGUGAGAGAUGAGUACCUCCGUGACCCAGAGUUUAACCCUGAGUUUGUCAGACUCAAAUCAUCUGCCGCCGCCGGUCUCUGUGCCUGGGUCCUCAACAUCAUACGCUUCCACGAGGUGUUCUGUGAGGUGGAGGUGAAGAAGCUGUGUCUGUCUCAGGCUAAUGCUGACCUGGCUGAGGCUGCAGACAAACUAGAAGCCAUUAGGAAGAAACUAGCUGAGUUGGACUGUAGUCUGGACACCCUGACUGCUGCGUUUGAGAAGGCUACCUCUGAGAAGCUUCGCUGUCAGGACGAGGUCAACCACACCAACAAGACCAUCGAACUGGCCAAUCGCCUCGUCAAAGGACUCGAGUCGGAGAAUGUGCGUUGGGCCCACUCUGUAGCCGGGUACCAUGAGCAGGAGGAGACUCUGUGUGGAGACAUUCUGCUGACUGCAGCCUUCAUCUCCUACGCCGGAUCCUUCUCUAAGAAGUACCGCAGAGAACUACUGGAGAACCUCUGGAUGCCCUUCCUACGUGGCCAGAAGAUCCCCAUCCCCAUGACGGAGGGGUUAGAUCCAGUGUGUAUGCUGACUGAUGAUGCUACCGUGGCUCAGUGGAACAACGAGGGGUUGCCGGGAGACAAGAUGUCCACUCAGAACGCCACCAUCCUCACCAACUGUGAACGCUGGCCACUGCUUAUUGACCCCCAACUGCAGGGCAUCAAGUGGAUCAAGAUUCGUUAUGGCAACAGCCUCAAGGUGGUCAGCCUGGGAGAGAAAGGGUAUGUGGAUGUGAUAGAGCAGGCUGUUGUGACAGGAGACACUGUCCUCAUCGAGAAUCUGGAGGAGUCCAUCGACCCUGUCAUAGACCCUCUACUGGGACGGCACACUAUCAAGAAGGGCAGUUGUAUAAAGGUGGGGGAUAAAGAGUGUUUCUUCCACCCAGCGUUCAGACUGAUCCUCCACACUAAGCUGGCUAACCCCCACUAUAAGCCUGAGAUCCAGGCCCAGACCACCCUCAUCAACUUCACUGUUACAAGAGACGGCCUGGAGGACCAGCUGCUGGCCCAGGUGGUCAAUCUGGAGAGGCCCGACCUCGAGCACCUCAAGGUGGGAUAGAUGGCUAUGUCCCCUGUCCGUUCUGGCUCUCUCAGCUUCUUCCUUCUUGACCUCACACGGUCACAAAAUGACACUUGAAGUCUGGUUGUGGUCGGUUUCUGCAUAGUCGUGGUCCUGUAUGGCUCCGUCGGUAGUAAGAGUGACCUGACCAAGCAGCAGAACCUGUUCAAGAUAGAGCUGAAGCUGUUGGAGGACGAGCUGCUGGGCCGUCUCUCUGCUGCCGAG